AUGUCAGAAUUGGAUCCACCUAUCUCGAGCACCACUUAUUUGAAGGCGGUGCAGACCUUCAAGGAAGAUUGGUGGAGGAUUGUGUUUGCUACGAUGCCACCUGAGCAUCGUGUUGAGUGUAAGGGUGGAGGCAACUUUUGGGCCAAUAUUCUUAUGGAUUUAGAUAACAUUUUGGAUACCGAUAGUGAUUCCUCCGAUGAGGAGACCGAAAUGCGUGAAAUGCUUGAUCUGAUAGUGAUUGUUAUGAACUAUAGGCCUAGGGAGCCUCAGCGCACAUCCAUAUUAACUGGAGCAGCCUAUAUCAAUGAGCAACUGGAAGGCAACCCUGCAAACUGUCAUGACAUGUUUCGAAUGUAUAAGGGUGCAUUUAGAAGCUUGUGUGCCCGUUUAAGGGAAUUGAACUACGCUGAAGAUACUAAAUUAGUCACUGUUGAAGAGGCCGUUGGUAUCACACUGUUUAUACUUGGUCAUGGUGUGGGAAUGAGAGUUGCAGCUGAUCGUUUCCAGCACUCCUUGGAGACAGUUCAACGUAAAUUUAGGCAGACUAUUCGAGCCUUUAGCAAGCUAGGAAAACAUAUCAUACGACCGACACAGACUAUUGGAGUGCAUCCAUUUGUUAGUAACUCAAGUAAAUAUUACCCGUGGUUCAAGCAUGCUAUCGGUACGAUCGAUGGGACACACAUCAAAGCGCAUGCUCCUACAUCGAGGCAAACCGCUUUUAGGGGAAGGAAGUCGAUUAUAACACAGAAUGUAAUGUGUUGCUGUGACUUUGACAUGAAAUUCACCUUUGUGUAUGCUGGGUGGGAAGGGACCGCGAAUGACUCACGUGUGUUUCUGAAUGCGCUUGGUAACGUGAAGAACAAAUUCCCUUGGGCACCGGAAAGUCAUUACUAUUUGAUGGACUCGGGCUACCCGCAAGCCAAAGGUUUUAUGAGACCAUUUCGUGGAGAACGAUAUCACUUGGAAGAGUUCCGAGCAACAGGCACCCCUAGAGGUUAUAAGGAGCUAUUCAAUCACAGGCACUCAUCUCUGCGGAAUGUUAUAAAGCGAUGUUUCGGUGUAUUGAAAGCUCGUUUUAAAAUAUUGAUAGUUAUGGCAUCAUAUAAAACAAGUAAGCAACCGACAAUUGUUACAGAUUGUUGUGCCGUGCAUAACUUCAUUCGAAUGGCUGCGGAUGAUGAUCAUUUAUUUACCCAUUGGGAGAAUGAAGAUGUGCGUACGGACGAUUAUGAAAGUGUUGGUGGGUCCAGUUCGAGGCAUGGAAGAAACCUUCAGAACCUAUCAGAUUCAGUCGGGCAUGAGAUGGCCGUCUUGAGGGAGAGCAUUGCACAACUUAUGUGGCAGCAUCGAAAUGAUUAG